AUGGAUGUCGAAAUGCAGAUGGAGGCCAAUGGUCUGCCUGCACAAUUUGGUUCGACCUCAGAACAGACCGCCCAAGAACACGUAGUCAGCAAUUUGACUGCCUCAAUGUCAAACUCUGACGCGCCAAUCAGUUUGCCUUCAAAACCGGUGGUCAUUGAAUCCACGUCCCAGUCAGAGUCAAUAGCGGAUUCGGUGCCGCAGUCGCUACCACCAGAGGCAGUGUCAGAGGUCGUGUCUCAGGCAGUUGCAGAACCACCGCCUGCCACAAAUGGUACUGGUGAAGUGGUAGAGACCUCUAUUUCGACCAUUCCUGAUUCCCAACCUCAACCAUCACCUGAAAAUAUUCUGUCCGUUCAACCAACAGCAUCAGAGAGCAUGACCGACUCUGUGGUGCCUUCUUCCAUACCGACUGAAAUCCAGUCCUCAGCGUCCUCGGAACAAAUUCAAUCAACUAUGGACACGGAGAUUCCUGAGCCGGCCUCAGCUCCAACCCAGCCUCCCGAAUCAGAUUUGCGCACAGCACCUCACUCUGACGCUUUGAGCCCAGAGGCUGUUGCUGUCAUUGAGGCUCGGAAACAUCAGUUGGACAAUUCCGCUGACACUGCGCCAUCCCCGCCAAAAGAAGACGUGAUGGAUACCACCACAGUGCCUGAGUCUGCGACCAUCGCCGAACAGCAAACUGUUGCACAACAGCCGCCUGUCACCAACAUUGGUUUGCCCUCACCUCCGGCUCAGUCACCGCCCGAUGCACCAGAGUCAGUGUCAGCUACCUUGGCCGUAGAAAAAUCUUCCGAGCCUGUCGCUGAUGCGCAGCCUGUCCCAGCACCGCCCGUUGUUCUGGAACCCCAACCCGAACCUGAAACAAAGCUCGAACCACAGACAGAACCUGAAAAGCCCAUCGCGACAGAAGCAGAAAUACAACUAGUCCCUGUGGCGGAACAGCCAAGAGAUCCCGCACCGACUCCUGCACUGCCUACGGAACUGCUUGAAUCUUCAGCACCUGUACCGCCGGUUCCGGAGGCUGCACCAGCACCAGCCACGAUUGACGAAGAUCACGACAUGAUUGAUGUACUCCCUGCGAAACAAUCCCGUGCACGAGAAGAUGAUGGUCCUGAUUCAGAACGUUCGGCGAAGAGAGUCAAAACGGAUGAAUCAGGAUCCCAGUCUCAGGAAGCGCAAUUCAAAGUCCCUCAAGUACCUGCCGUAACAUCGUCCCCCGUGCCAAAUGGCGCGCCGACCACAACAGUUGGUCCGACCGACGGAGAUGAUACAAUGACCGCUGCACGAUUGGCGCAUGUGAAGAAGGUCAUCUCGAACCUGAAGAAAAGCAACUCCUCGGCCGCCUUUCGCUUACCAGUGGACCCUGUUGCGCUCAACAUCCCUACAUACUUUGAUAUUGUCAAACAACCUAUGGACCUGGGAACAAUCGACUCACGCCUGAAGAAUAACAAAUAUUCAUCUGUUUCUGCUCUGGUGAAUGACUUCAACCAGAUCAUCGUCAACUGCGUAGCUUUCAAUGGAACUGAGCAUGGAAUCACGCAGCAAGCGCGGAAGAUGGAAUCAUCCUUCAAAAGUCAGAUGAAGAAUCUUCCCUCCGCUAGCCUGGAAGAACCGUCGAAGGAUGCAAAGAAAGCAGCCAAAAAGCACGAACCUACCAGACAACAAGCACCUCGACGACCGUCAGUCAGCACAACUACCACCCCUGUCGCAAAAGCUGCGUCCCCCAAGCCUGCUCCCGCAACCACGCCGGCAUUUGCUCCAGGACCAGAUGGAAUGCCACUCAUUCGACGUGAUUCGAGCCUUGCCGAUGGCAGACCAAAGCGGGCCAUUGUACCCACAAAGCGCAACCAGGAAUUCGGAGGCAGGCCUAAGAAGAAGAAGUAUGAGUUGCAACUGAAGUUCUGCGACGAAGUCUUGAAAGAACUAUCAAGCCCCAAGAACUGGACAGCGAACCAGUAUUUCACUCAUCCAGUUGAUCCGGUGGCGUUAAACAUUCCGACCUACUUUCAAAUCAUCAAGAAACCCAUGGAUCUCAGUCUUGUUAGGUCUAAGCUGGCCGGCAACGCCUACGAAAGAGCUAAGGACUUUGAAGAGGAUGUUCGCCUCAUCUUCAAGAAUUGUUACAAGUUCAAUCCCGAGGGGGACUUGGUCAAUUCCGCUGGUCAUCAGUUGGAAGAAUUGUUCAACAAGAAAUGGGCUACCAAAGACGAAUGGAUUGCCGCUCGCGAACCUCCUUCUGCACCGGAGUCUGAGGCAGACGAAGAGGAAGAGGAGGUGGAGGAGAGCGAAGACGACGACGACAGCGAAGACGAUCGAGCGGAGAAGAUCAAACAGCUGCAGAAACAAAUCGAAGAAAUGUCAAAGCAGAUGGGCGAACUGACGCAGAAGAAGGUCAAAAAAUCCAAAUCUCCACCAGUCAAAAAGAGCAAGUCCAAAGCCAGCAAGAAGGAGAAGCCAGCGGCUCACAAAGAAAGCAAGGACAAGAAAGAAAAGAAGAAGUCUGGCCCCAAGGCUAAAGCCAACGCGGAUCGUUAUGUGACUUUUGCGGAGAAGCAGUACAUUUCUAAUGGAAUUGGUAUGCUUCCGGAGAAGCAAAUGUCGGAGGCUCUGAAAAUCAUCCAGAACAGCGUUCCAUCACUUGCCAAUACGGAUCAGAACGAGAUUGAGCUCGAUAUCGAGGAGGUGCCGAACCAUGCCCUGUUGAAGCUGCUCAACUUCGUCAAGCGCUAUGCCGGACCUCCUCCAGAUGAGCCCAAGGCAGAGCCUACCGACAAUUACGCACCUGCUGCGACCAAGAGCAAGAGGAGCAAGCCUAUGAAUAAGCAUGAGCAGGAAGCGCAGAUCGAGGAACUCAAGGGCAAGCUAGGUGCUUACGCUGGACCAGUCUCACCAAACGCCAUGCCGUCGAUAGAAGGCGACAGCAGUGACGAUGAUGGUGAUUCAGAAGAGAGCGAAGAGGAGUGA